ACAGUAACGGCUGCUUGUUGCCUAGAAACAGAGCCCACCUCUGUUCUCCUGGGCCACUGCGCAUGCGCGGUGCCGUCAGCUGGGCUUCCGAGGAAGCAGCAUCAUGGCGGCGUCCGCUGGUAGCGUGCAGUGUGCUUUAAGGAGAGCGAUGGUUCCGUCGUUGGUUGUGAUUUUGGGAGCUACCGGCACCGGGAAGUCCAAGCUGGCGAUCGAGAUCGGAAGACGGCUUCAGGGAGAGAUAAUCAGCGCCGACUCCAUGCAGGUGUACCAGGGCCUUGACAUCAUCACCAAUAAGGUGACAGCGGAGGAGCGCGCUCAGUGCAGACAUCACAUGAUCAGCUUUGUGGACCCGUUGGUUAGCAGCUAUACGGUGGUGGACUUCAGGAACAAAGCCCUGGCUCUAGUAGACGACAUGCACAGCACAAACAAACUGCCAGUCGUUGUAGGAGGAACAAACUAUUACAUUGAGUCUUUGCUGUGGAGAGUCCUGAUGGAUACAGGGAUCUCCUCCUGCGUCUCACAGCAGGAGAACGAGGAGCCAGUGGAUGGAGGCGACGGCGCUCCGAACAGGAAGCUGGAGCUGGAGAAGCUGGAAGCAGCUGAGUUACAUAAACGUCUGGCUGAGGUGGACCCCAAAAUGGCUGCAAUGUUACACCCCAAUGACAAACGCAAGCUAGCCAGGAGUCUUCAAAUCCACGAGGAGACAGGCGUCUCCCAUAGCCGCUGGCUGGAGGAGCAAAGGGGGCAGAAGGGAGGCGACGGGCUGGGGGGGCCGCUGAGAUACCCCGACCCCUGCAUCUUCUGGCUGCACGCUGAUAUGGACGCUUUAGACAAGCGGUUGGAUGCUCGUGUAGAUGAGAUGUUGUCUGCUGGACUCAUCGAGGAGCUCAGAGACUUCCACGUCCGCUACAAUCGGCAGAAAGUCCAGGAUAACAGCCAGGACUAUCAGCAUGGGAUUUUCCAGUCGAUCGGUUUUAAGGAGUUUCACGACUACCUGACUGCACCUGAAGGCAGCAGCCAGCAGGAGAAAGACACACUACGAGACAAAGGUGUCGAAGCUUUGAAGAUUGCUACGAGACGCUACGCCCGCAAACAGAAUAAAUGGGUCCGUAACCGCUUCCUUAAACGACCAGGAGACAACGUGCCGCUGGUGUUUGGUCUGGAUGUGACGGACGCCUCUCGGUGGGAGGAGGCGGUGCUGAACCCUGCACUGCAGAUACUGGACAGUCUGAGCAAGGGUGAGGAACCAGCUAUUCAGCCAAUCAGAGUCCAGGGAGCAGAGCAGAGAAAUAAACGAAGCCACCACACCUGUGAUCUGUGUGACAAAGUGAUCAUCGGUGACCUGGAGUGGACAGCUCACCUGAAGUCCAAAAAGCAUCACUACCACGUGAGGAAGAAGAGGAAGACGGAUCCAGACGGCGACCAGGUAACAAGUGCAGCUCAGGAGAGUGUGGACGGCGUCUCACAGGACUCUGCUGCUGCUGCUGCUGUUGCCCCGGGCUGCACCGAAACCUCUCAGGACUCUUCCCCAAACACCAGACAACACUCAGAGACGAACCUGUGACAUUUAGAGAGUGACAGACUCUGGAGCUCAUACAUCUUCAUCCAGGUUUCCACCGCUGUUCUGCACUAACAGCUGCUUUUACGUCCUCACUUCCCAUAGAGAUCAAGUUCUCAGCCGUGUAGAUCCAGGAAUACUGGAUGUGGAUAUCAAAGAACAUGUUUGUUCUUCUUCUGAAAAACAUUAUUUUUUAUUUGCAGUUGCUCCUGGGCUCUGAGUAUGGAUUGUUGCAGCUUUUUUGCCGUGUGCAGCCAAGAUCAUUUUUAAGGAUUCGUUUAAGAGAAUUGUAAGAGGACAGUUUAUUUUUCUAUCGCGAUCUUUCGUCUUGUAGCUGCUGACCGAAAAAUCUAUUUUUAAUGUGUUAGCAUUUCAGGAUUUAACUCUGCCUUAUCUUUAGCUAACCACUGUGCACUUUUAACUUCAUCCACUUGGUUUUAGAAUUGUUCAAUAAACCAAAGGAUCUGAAAGUUUGUCAAUC